GCUCGCGAGCCACAGAGUUCGCUACGGCAUAUUUAAAGAGCUCAUGCAAGAAAUUUUAAUUAGUUGCGGAAGUGUGGCUAAAGUUGUGGCAAUCGGGCCAAGUUCAGUCAUCAUCAUUGAGAAUGCGAGGAGAAGGUAUCUACGUGCUGCUGCUGGCGAUUGGAGGUCUGGCUCUAACACUGACAAGCGUUGCCGGACUGGAGAACGGGCUGGCCAGAACGCCGCCAAUGGGCUGGAUGCCGUUCGAGCGGUUCCGCUGUCUGACUGACUGCGUAAAGUUCCCCAGGGAUUGCAUCAGUGAGCGGCUCUUUAUGCGUACGGCUGACCUUCUGGUAUCGGAGGGGUAUGCGGCGGCUGGCUAUAAAUAUUUAAUAAUCGAUGAUUGUUGGAUGGAAAAGGAGCGCAACGCAAUCACAGCCGAGCUGAUGGCCGACCGAGAACGAUUCCCCAGUGGCAUAAACCACCUAUCAGCAUACAUACACAACAAAAGUUUGAAGUUCGGCCUGUAUCACGAUAUCGGAAGGAGAACUUGUAUGCAUUUGGGUCCCGGGGCGCACGGCCACUAUUCAAUUGAUGCCAAGACCUUUGCCAGUUGGAGCGUGGACUAUGUCAAGUUGGACGGCUGCUAUGUCGAUGGCAUUGACCUUAACACGGCGUAUCCGGCCUUUGGCCAGGCAUUGAAUAGGACAGGUCGGCCCAUGGUUUACUCCUGUAGCUGGCCAUACUACCAAAACAACCCCAACUUUGAAUUGAUAAGAAAACAUUGUAACUUGUGGCGUUUCGCUGAUGAUAUCAGAGACUCCACCGCAUCCAUUAUUAACACCAUAUUCAACUACUUCAAGAGGCAGGAUAAUUUGACAAAACAUGCCGCGCCUGGCAGCUGGAAUGACCCAGAUAUGCUGGUGUUGGGCAACUAUCACCUCAGCUAUGAUGCGAGUCGCUUGCAACAGGCCAUGUGGGCGGUGCUCGCCGCCCCGCUCAUCAUGUCGAAUGACUUGCAGACAGUUCGGCCUGAAAUCAGGGCAUUACUGCAAAAUCGCGAUAUAAUCGAGGUCGAUCAGGAUCCACUCGGCAUACCAGGCCACUGCGUACUGACGUCUGGCAAUAUACAGGUCUGGCUGCGCCCCGUCAUGCCUACUAAUAAUAUUGGAGCACACUCAUUUGCUGUGGCUUUUGCCAACAUUGGGGAGCACUAUGAGUGCCCCCUGUGCCCACAGACGUUUCGAAUUAUUUUACAAAAUUUGGGACUCUCGAAUCAAAUGGGCUACGUAGCUUAUGACUUGUUUGAUAGCAAGCGGCAGGUGGGUCUAUUCAAGCCGCAAGACCAAUUCACUAUACGAAUCAAUCCUUCAGGAGUUGAGUUUUAUAAAUUUAAGUCCGAAGAUAUUUACUAGAUGGCAUCGG